AUGAACGAGAUCAUACGAUCCAAUAAUCGAUUCAGGAAGAGGAGAAUCAUUGAAUGUUUGAGGAUGGAGCUGACGCCAUCUGCUAUUGCUUGGCAGAUGGAAUCUCUCCGUGAAUUUCGAAGGCAACUACCCAGCCGUAGAGGAUUUGGCUCAUUGCUAUUUGGGAAGGAUACGAAGGCGCUCACCACUGUUGGGCAGCACUUUUUCGCUCGGCCAUUCGACACUUGGUUUGGCAUGAAGACAGCACUUCGUCUGCUCAAAAGUCAUCUCAAUAAUGUGCUCACUGACGCUGAUAUUGCUCACUUGAAGCUAGUGGAGAUGCCCUUGCCGGAACGCCUUCUGUCGACGAUUUCGUCAUGUGUUCUAGAAAAGGGCUGCCGUGUAGAUCAUGUUUCGUUCAGGGGAACGGAAAUGAGUGACAUUACUUCAUCCGUGCUUCACCGAUUCCUUUCUAGACUUGCAUGUAACAGGGUAGAUUUCAUACAAAUCUACUCAUUUUCUUAUGGAUUCAUUGGGCCAGAAGUUCUACAGUUUAUUGUAACAAGGCCACAUUUUUCACUUAGCCGUUUCGGAUCCUAUCCCAUUCCAAUAGAUGACAGUAUUCUCGCUCAAGUGACAGCUCUUGAAUUCACAAUCGGCGCUCCGAACAUGAUCACUGCAGAUGGACUGAAAUCAUUCAUCGAGGUCACUUCUAUGACUAUUUUUGCGCAACACAAGUAA